AAUUGAAGUUGAUUUCAUUUUCAUGAACAAAAGGAGAAGAAAUGUCACUGACAACAAUAGCAGCAAUUGCAAGCAGUAAUUGUAGCAGUUGCAGCUUUCUAAGGAGGAGGGCAAGCUUUUCUUCACUAAAAUGCUCAAAUGAUUCUUCUUCUUCUAAUAAUAAUAAUAAUAAUCCAAAACGUGGUUUUGGCGCCAAGCAGACUAAGAAACUCCCCGUACAACAACAGCCAAGGAAAUCCACCUCUCAACAGUCUGGGCCUCUACCUUCUGAGGCGCCUGGAUUGAGUAAUCGUUUCACUGGCAAGUCUUCAUCUUCGGACAUUGACUUUGAGCAGCGUCUUGAAGCUGUUAGAAGGUCAGCUAUUCAGCAAAAAAAGGCAGAUGGAAUUAAAGAUUUUGGUCCAAUUGACUAUGAUGCACCUGUUGAAUCUGACAAGAAGACAAUCGGCCUCGGGACACAGAUUGGGGUAGGAGUUGCUGUUCUGGUCUUCGGUCUAGUUUUUGCUCUUGGAGACUUCUUUCCUUCUGUAAGUGAUAGCCCCUCUGGAGAAGUUACAGCAGUUGAUAAAAAGUUAUCAGAAGAAGAGAAAUCAACUCUUCAGAGUCAGUUGAAACAAUAUGAGGCAACACUUGCUGUCUCUCCUAAAGAUCCUAUAGCACUUGAAGGAGCUGCUGUAACCUUGGCAGACUUGGGAGAGUAUACCAGGGCUGCCUCUCUACUUGAAGAUCUGGCAAAGGAGAAGCCCACAGACCCUGAUGUAUUUCGUUUGCUUGGAGAAGUUAAGUAUGAACUCAAAGAUUAUGAGGGGAGUACAGCUGCAUAUAAGAUUUCUUCAGCGGUUUCCAAAAAUGUCAAUUUUGAAAUUCUACGCGGUCUUACAAAUGCAUUGCUUGCAGCUAACAAACCGGAUGAGGCUGUUCAGAUCCUUCUGGCUUCUCGUGAACGCUUGAACUCAGAAAAAUCCAGUAAGAUUGAUGUUGAAGCUGAUAUCAAUGGCAAUGCAAGGGUGUCUGAAUCGCAGGAGGUGGACCCUGUUCAAGUUGAGUUGCUGCUUGGAAAGGCCUAUUCAGAUUGGGGACAUGUGAGUGAUGCUGUCUCUGUUUAUGAUCAGCUUAUCUCUAAUCACCCCAAUGAUUUCCGAGGUUACCUAGCUAAGGGUAUUAUAUUGAAAGAAAAUGGCAAUGCUGGGAAUGCAGAAAGAAUGUUUAUACAAGCGAGAUUUUUUGCACCGGAGAAAGCCAAGGCACUUGUAGAUCGUUAUGCUAGAAAAUGAUCACAUAAUCUACUUCAUUGCUUACAUAUUUGAUGGUCAACCCCAUUCGUAGGUCCUUGUACUUUAACGUAUUAUUUUACUUAGUCCUUGUAAAUGAAUUUUUUGUACUAAUUGUUUUUGUUAAUAAAUGAUCUUUACAUGGAAUUUAUGUAA